AUGCAGCGCGACGCCAAGCGGAAGGCGGAGAGGAAGGGCCCGCGGCUGUUCGACGCCGCGUCCUUCGGGAAGGACCUGCUGGCGGGCGGCGUGGCGGCGGCCGUGUCCAAGACGGCGGUGGCGCCCAUCGAGCGCGUGAAGCUGCUGCUGCAGGUGCAGGGCUCGUCCCGCCAGAUCCGCGCCGAGCGGCGCUACAAGGGCAUGGCCGACUGCCUCCUGCGCAUCCCGCGCGAGCAGGGUUUCUUCAGCUUUUGGCGUGGCAAUUUGGCAAAUGUUAUCCGGUAUUUUCCAACACAAGCUCUAAACUUUGCUUUUAAGGACAAAUACAAACAACUUUUCAUGUCUGGAGUUAAUAAAGAAAAGCAGUUCUGGAGGUGGUUUUUGGCAAACCUGGCUUCUGGCGGCGCGGCCGGAGCGACGUCCCUAUGUGUGGUGUACCCGCUGGACUUUGCCCGCACCCGGCUGGGCGCCGACGUCGGGAAAGGUCCGGAAGAGCGGCAAUUCAAGGGCUUGGGUGACUGCAUAAUAAAAAUAGCCAAAUCAGAUGGAGUCGUUGGCUUGUACCGGGGGUUCGGUGUCUCCGUCCAGGGCAUCAUUGUGUACCGAGCCUCUUACUUUGGAGCUUAUGACACAGUUAAGGGCUUACUCCCCAAACCUAAGGAAACCCCGUUUCUUGUGUCGUUUUUCAUCGCCCAAGUGGUGACCACGUGCUCUGGGUUCCUGUCCUACCCCUUCGACACGGUGAGGCGGCGCAUGAUGAUGCAGAGCGGCGAGACUGAACGGCAGUAUAAAGGAACCUGGGACUGCUUUCUGAAGAUAUACCAGCAGGAGGGGGUCGGUGCGUUUUUCCGUGGCGCCUUCUCUAAUAUCCUCCGUGGGACAGGGGGUGCUUUGGUGUUGGUGUUAUAUGACAAAAUUAAAUACUUGCUUAAUCUUGAUAUCGGAGGUCAUUCCUCAGGAGAUUGAGAAAUGCAUCUAGCUUGUUAAAUAUAAGUUUCAUAGCUGCCAUGUGUGUACAUUUUAAUAUAUUGUGUUUAUUACUCAGUAUCUUCUAAGUGCUAAUUCCGCUAUAAAGCACAGACUGUUUUCAAGGUUUUAAAUACUAAAAAUCAGAUAACUGCUAAGUAGGCUCUCUUUCUACUUAGACUCAAACUCACUUUAAUGAGACAUUGUGUUAUUUCUAUUAGUUUAAAAUCCUUUUCUUACUUUUGUGAUGAAAAAAUAAAAUGUGUGCUAAAAU